UGUCGCCCCUUGUGGUUUUUCACCUUCUCUAAUUGUCUAAAUGUUUCGUUUCUUGACCACACCACUUUACACCGUUUAAUUCCCUCGUUUCUUCAUAUACCAACACUUGUAUUGCUAGCUGGGUAUGAUUCUUCUUCUUCUUGAUCUUCUUCAUUUGCCCCUUCUUUCCUUCUAUUUCCCUUCUCUGCUUCUCUUCUUUUGGCUACUUACAUUAUUUUAUUGGAUCUGCAUUUGGCUACGAAAGCGGGCGGGAUCUCGGCUGCACCGCAGAUCGGUUGGCUUCGGUCUGUUCUUUAUGUUUCAAGCUGCCCAUUUGCAUAUGUGAUGCCAUUCGACGGAACUUGAUCCAGAGCACACA